UGUUGGGCCUCUCCGGCUCCAUCCAGCAUCACCCCUGAUUUGAUCCUUGAGCAACUCCAGUGUCAAACUCAACGGGGAGGGAAAUUAGGUUGCUGUUAGAACAAGAUGAAAGCAGUAAAAUCCCUUUGUUUUUUAGUUUUUGUUCUUGGCUUAUCUGCAGCUGAAGUUUCCCAUACCCAAGAUCAGGGUUUGAACCAAAAUGCUGAAUUUCGAGAUUUAGGCAAGGAAAAUGAGCAUAUUCAUGAGGUACACUGCUCUAGGGAAAGAAGUAGGGCGGCUUGGGAAAUCAUUGAAACGUAUUUCAUGCCUUUUGUGGAGCGGGAAAGAUACAAAAUUUCAGGGAGUUGUAGAUUACACCCGGAUAAUGAUCUCUUUAGAGAUCAGGAACAGCAUAAGAUUAAGGCUGAUGUGAAUGAAUGGCAAUGUGGUUAUUGUAAAAAAAGUUUUUUGUCAGAAGAGUUUCUUGAUCGGCAUUUCGACAGCAGACACUACAAUGUUCUCAAUAUUACUGGAAGCAAGUGCUUGGCUGAUUUAUGUAGUGCAUUGCAUUGUGAUCAUGUUCUGAGUUCAAAAUCGCCUCGAACCAAGUGCAAUCCGGCAGCAGCUGCAAGAAAUCGCCACUUAUGUGAGAGUCUAGCUGAUGCCUGCUUUCCUGUCAGUCAAGGACCAUCUGCAAGCCGGCUUCAUGAGUUAUUUUUGGAGCAGUUUUGUCACGCUCACGCUUGCACAGGAGGAAGAAAACCGUUCUCAAGAGGAGGAAGGAAGGAGACAAGUGUGCUGUACAUGGCUGCCUCAAUUAUGUCAUUGAUGCUACUUCCCCUUUUCUAUGUACUAGUGUGUUUGCACCAGAGUGAAACACGAAAAAAUACGCAGGAGCUUAAGCGAAUCUCAAGAUUAAGUCGCAAAUCAAAACCGUUAUGAUCAAUCAGUGAACACUGCAGAAAUAGGCAAAUUGAUGACAACUGUGAAAACAACUUGGCACACAUUCAUGCGCGGGUGAAGCUUCUGGAUUUCGAAACUGGUUCAACUUCAUGUUCAUGGUUCCUCUUCCUUGAGAAAUUGAAUUUAUUACGGUCUUACGGGUAGCUAAUCGUAAGACGGGAUUGAGCGUCACCUGAGAAUUGAUAUACGGCAUCUUUGUCUUCACAAUAUGAGAAUCUAAUAGUGUGCGUUGUUAAAGACGCACAGAAAGCACAGAUAUUACGGAAUUCAAUGAAGCAAAUAUUGCAAGAGUAUGCUCAAAAAUCAUACAGCCAGUCCCAACAAUCAUCUGCUUCAAAGUUGUCAUAGAAAAUCAGAUUACCAACAUAACCUGUGUUGUAGGCCAUUUUUAUAUUUAUGUUUUAUGUUCGAGUUAGAAGUGAGCGUCAAGUUAUUUUUUAACUCUUCCUUUUUCGUUAGACUGUAAUUAACAAUCUUUUGGGAUUAAGGAUCUGACAUUGUUGUUGCUGUUGUGUGUAGUCGCCUAGUCAGUAACUCAGUACUCUCGGUAGUCUGUAGGUUGUCAUUCUACCUUGUUUUCUUUACUUAGAAAGUACACAGGUGAAUAUAAGUAGACUAUAACAAUGUCUUCUUGAAUAGAGCAUUUAAUUGUGACAAACUGUUCACUUAAUAGAUAGCUUUCUUGUAUAUUUUUUUUCUCGGCAA